GCUUCCGGCUCCGCGCGGGGACCUCUGGGGCGGGUAGUCCCCGCGAGCGUCCGGGCCCGGCGGCCAUUGGCUGGUGCGGAAAAGGGCGCGCGCGCCGGCGGCGGGAGGGGCCGUCACGUGAUGUUUGGGUGCCCGCCCCGCCGUGAGCGCACGGAGCGGCCCGCGAGCCACCGAGGCCCAGCUCGGUGCGGAGGCUGCUGGCCCUGGCGUCUGUAACAAGAUGUCAUACGGAUCCAUCGCCGGUGGAGGUGGCCUGGGGAGCCGUGGCCCUUUCGGGGGACCCUCAAGACAAGGCUAUCAGCCCCUAGAGUGCGCUAGAUGUUGGACCGAAUAUGGAAUCCGUCAUUUCCCCUGCCCGUCGCCAGAGAGCAAGCUGCAGAACCCCUGCUCGGGGAAGGACAGGGAAGGAGAUCUGGGGCCGGCAGGCAUACCCGUUGUCCUGAGGGCCAGGAAGCAAGGGCCUGGGGUUGCCCCCGAAGACAGCCGGAUGCCGGAGCCCACCUCAUCACCUGCCACCGGCCCAAGGAGGGACCCGGCAGCUGGGCCCCGUGGCCGGAUGGGGGGGCCCGGCGCUACCCGGGCCAAGAAGAGGAAGCCCAACUUCUGCCCGCAGGAGACCGAGGUGCUGGUGUCCAAGGUGAGCAAGCACCACCAGCUGCUGUUCGGCACGGGGCUGCUGAGGGCCGAGCCCACGCGCAGGUACCGCGUGUGGAGCCGCAUCCUGCAGGCCGUGAACGCGCUGGGCUACUGCCGCCGCGACGUGGUGGACCUGAAGCACAAGUGGCGGGACCUGCGCGCCGCGGUGCGGCGCAAGCUGGGCGACCUCCGGAAGGCGGCCCACAGCCCCGGCCCGGGCUCCGGCAAGCCCCAGGCGCUGGCCCUCACGCCCGUGGAGCAGGUGGUGGCCAAGACCUUCUCCUGCCAGGCCCUGGCCUCUGAGGGCUUCAGGCUGGAGCCGCGCAGAGCCACCCAGGCCGAUCCACGAGACCUUCAGGAGCUGUUUCAGGAGACGUCGGCCAACGUCUUCCAAAUCAACUUCAGUGUGACCUCUUUGGAGCAGAGCCUUCGGUCCCUAGGGACACCGAGUGACACGCAGGAGCUUCGGGACAGCCUGCACACGGCGCAGCAGGAGACUAACAAGACCAUCGCAGCCAGUGCCGGCUCCGUGAAGCAGAUGGCCGAGCUGCUGCCCAGCUCCUGCCCGCAGGAGCGCCCUCAGCUGGACCAGCUGAAAGCCCAGCUCUCGGAUGCCAUUCAGCGCUAUGGAGUGGUGCAGAAGAAAAUUGCAGAAAAGUCCAGAGCACUGCUUCCUAUGGCUCAGAGGGGCAGCAAACAGAGUCCCCAGGCCCCGUUUGCCGAGCUGUCUGAUGAUGAGAAGAUCUUUAAUGGCAGUGACAAUGUGUGGCAGGGCCAGGAGCAGGCGCUGCUCCCGGACAUCACUGAGGAGGACCUGGAGGCCAUCCGGCUGCGGGAGGAGGCCAUCCUGCAGAUGGAGAGCAACUUGCUGGAUGUGAAUCAGAUCAUCAAGGACUUGGCCUCCAUGGUGUCGGAGCAAGGAGAAGCUGUUGGGUCCAGCGGCAGCACCGCUACGUGCCGGCAGAGCUGCAGCCCCGAGCCAGCCGUGGCCCUGCGGUCGGGUGCUGGGAUGGGCCCCACGCCCCCACGGCCGGGCCCCCACUCCCGGACCAAGACGCGCAAGCCCAACUUCAGCCCACAGGAGACGGAGGUGCUGGUGCAGAGGGUGAGGCGCCACUACCCGCUGCUGUUCGGGACCCUGAGGGGCACGCCCGCCCGGAAGCACCGCGUGUGGAACCGCAUCUUGCAGGCGGUGAAUGCGCUGGGCUACUGUCGCCGAGACCUGGGCGACCUCAAGCACAAGUGGCGGGACCUGCGGGGCGCUGUGCGCAAGAAGCUGGCGGAGGGCGCUGUGCCCGGCCUCAUCCUCACGCCUGUGGAGCGCGUAGUGGCAGAGACCUUUUCCACCCACGGUCCCCAAGGCCAGGGCCAGGCCACAGAGCCCCUGCCAACCGACGAGGACGAGGCCCCCAGCUGCUUGUGGCUGCCCCUGGGGAGCCUGGAAGGGCCCAGCCCGCCUGAACCUGACCCCCUGGACUCACGAGGCGUCUUCCACGCACCCACCUCUUCACCCUCCCCACCCGCUUCCCCAGCCUCCACCCCAGGAGCAGCCACACUCACAGGGUCCUUCCAGCCCCCCCCACCCUCCUCAGAGCCAGCACCGCCCUUGCCCUCCGGGAGGACCCCAGGGGCAGCACCUGAACCUUCGGUGUUUGAGCAGCGGCUGCUGGACUCGCAGCGGCGGCAGGGUGCCCUGCUCUCCUCCUGGGCCCAGCAGCAGAGCGCACUCAUGGCCCAGCAGAGCCUGCUGCUGCAGCAGCUGGCCGAGCAGAGCCAGCGUCUGGCCGAUGGUGUCGAGGCCCUCCACCGGACCCUCGAGAGGCUGGUGGGAGCGCAUCCCACCGGGGAAGCCUCACCCUCACUCCGGGACGGUGGCCCUGCUGGUGGAGUGGCCCAGGGGCCUGCCAGAGACUCCCAGGACAGCCCCCAGGGUGCCCACGUGGGGCUCGAGGUCUUCUCAGGGAUGAUCCUGAAGGUAGAGGAGGAAGUAUAGGGCUGGUCAGGGGUGCCGGCAGAGCCAGAGGGUGGGGGCAGGGUCUCCAGUCUUACCCCUGCUGAGGCCAGGCAGGGGAGAGAUGGCAGUGACUGGGUCUCCAGGGCACUGGGACGGCUUGAGUCCAGGAGAUGGGAAGGACGAGAGGACAUGGCUGUGUACCUGUGGUGCCACACCCUUGGCGUUGCCUGUGGAGCGUGGUGACCUGCGGGGAAGGGCUGCGGAGAGCCGACCUGUGGGGCCCAGCAGGCCAGGUCUACUCAGGGACUGUGCUUUGGAGGCUCCACCCCGUGUGGCCGUGGCUGUGAACUCUGCAGCCCAGCGCCCCUGCCAGCAGCCGGUGGCAGAGCCUGGGAAGAUGUACUCGGGGGCCCCUGGGCACCGGAGCUCUGGAAAGGGGGCUUGGCCAGGCCCUAAGGUCCCGAUUGUGACCUGGCUUGACUCCCGAAGGUCCCUGUCCCCUUUAUGGGCGUUUACACUUGGAGGGCCAGGCUCCUACGCCCUACCUGCUUCUGGCCCAGGGGAACCACAGCUCGUGAGCUUGGAAUAAUUUCUCUCCAAUUUUCUCUCUCUGUAUAUAUAUGCCAUAUAUUAUUUGGUGCUGUAUGGGGCUGGGAUGACGUUUUGUACCUGCAGACUUUUCUUGCAAAAAGUAUUUUUUUACAUAAGCAUAAAAUAACAAAGCAGGUGGCUGUGCAGCUGCUGGCAAGCACGGGAGCUGGAGCCUGCUCCUCGGGCCUGGGGCGCCGCUGCUUUCAGCCGCCCUGCAGGGGCCCCAGCACUUCCUGCGUCUUCAGACCCUUCUUCCUCUGUAACCUCCUCUGACUCCUGGGAGAUCCCUCGGCGGGGCUGCCCUGUCUCCGGUCCCUGCACAGCAGGGCACAGUCUGCAGUCCCCCAGCCUGGGCAGCUGUUGGGGGCAGCAGGAGCGGGAGGUGGGGCCCGCCCGGGCCUUGACUGGUCUGGGACCUCCAGCGUCUUCCUCUGCCGGCCUCUGCCUGGCUCCCGUGGCCCAAAGCCUGUCCCAGGAGCGAGAUGCUGACAGGCUGUCCUGAGCAGGAGGCAUGCUGAUCCGGGGAAGCUCCAGCACAGCCCAGAGUCAAGACUGCAGCAUCCCUGAGAGCAGGAAGAGGGGCCUCUUCCUCGUUUGGUGUUUUCCUCUGGGGCCAGCAUCGUGCCAGUAACUUUCGUCUGUGGAAGAACCCAAGGCAUAGCCACACGUGCAGCCGGUCUCCCUCCAGGCUCCUGACUCUGAGUGCACAGCUGCCGCUGCUGGUUCUGGGUGGGGCCUCCACUCUGAUGCUUCCACCUCGGAAAAGCCGGCCUUCCAUCCUGCAAAACCAGGUGACCUUAGUGCCACCACCUCCAAGAAGCCUCUUUAGAUCUUCAUUCUGGGUUCUUGUCCACUGAAAAUACCCACCAUAGGCCAGGCACACUGGCUCAUGUCUGUGAUCACAGCACUUUGAGAGGUUGAGGCAGGAAGGCGGCUUGAGGCCAGGAGUUUAGACCAGCCUGGGCAACACAGCAAAACCUCACCUCUACAAAAAUAAAGCUCAAUAAAUAAAGGUGCCCUGCACGGCUAACAGUG